AUCAAAGCAGCAGCAUUCCAUGUAAUUGUUGUUGUUUCAACGAAGCAAACAUCGAAACGACGCCUGAAAAAUUAAGCGACUUUAGUUGGAUAUCUUGAGCCAAGCGAAAUGGAUGUGCGUCGUUUGAUUGAAGAAGUUCGUAAAAGACCGGAAUUGUGGAAUAUGCAGUACAGGAGCACAAUGCGAACACCAAAUAAAAUGCAGCCAUUGUGGCAAGAGGUGGCUGAUGCUAUCAAUGUGGAAAAUGUUGAAGAUUGCAAACGUAAAUGGAAAAAUUUACGCGACAGUUAUCGUCGCUAUGUGAGUCGCUGCAAAAGGGAGGGUAAGACCUUUAUACCCAAAGGACAAUUUUUUGAUUACAUGGAAUUUAUUCGCGAGCAGCGUCGUUAUAGAAAAUCAAAAUCUGCAGCUAAUCAAGACCAACAGACCAAUGAAGAAAAUCAACGCCCUGAUUCUCAAGCCCAAGGUAAUGGCCAAAUUAAAUGCGAGCCCAUUGAAAUAAGCGAUUUUGAAGAAGAUUCUGAGCUGGAGAGCUGUGAAGACAAUGAUGAUUUAUCAAUGGAUGAAUUCCAGAAUAUACCAAUACAGGAAUUAUCAAAUAAUAGCACACCCACGCAUAAUUUCAACAACACAGAAGAAGGGAAACCACCAACAGUUGUUGGUGUUGAGGAAUUAUCAAAUAACAGCACACCAAGACAUAACUUCAAUAGCACAGAAGAAGAGAAACCAUCCACAGUUGUAAUUUUUAAUGCAAUAGAACAAAGAGCGUUGGAGGGAAAUCAUCCGAUUCCUCUAAAACCAGAUCAAAAGGAGCAAAAUUUUGAAUUUCAUAAGCAGCAAACUUUAAGCUGCCCAGAAAACAUGCAGGACUCUGAACUGAAUUUUCUUAUUAGCUUCUUACCCCAUUUGAAGAAAAUGAAUGAUUUGCAAAAUCUGCAAUUUCGCGUCAAAAUGAGUGAAUUGGUAUGGGACAUUUUGUCCCCAAGCUUAACAAUGUCUAACACGCCAUAUAAAACAUGAGGAGGACAUUCUUUGUAAAAAAUGUUAUGUAGCAACUUAACCAUACUCAUAAUUUUUUAUAAAAUAUUUUUUGUAAAUAUUAUUUAUUAAUUACAUGUUUUACAAAAAUAACAUUGUUCAUAAAAAAAUGUUUGUAUAGCUUAUUUCACUAAAAUUGGAUUGAUUUGA